CUUUCAUCAAUGGCAUUGACUGCGCAUGCGCGAUCAUUCAACAACGUUCUGUCUCAGAAAGUCCCUAGUGCUCCAGAGCGUCAGCUUCAGGCAUGACUGAAGAAAGAAACGGUGGACGCAUACCUCAUGCACUUACCUUCAGAGACGAAGCAACCCAUAUUACAAACCAUAAAGACGCCAAGGGUGCUUCAGCCAUAUGCGACGAUUACACUACGCUUUGGGACGACUCCUUCGAUGACCUAUGGAACGCGUUGAACAGCCAGACCGGUGCCACUGACGACAACGAUGUCGCUCACGGCGGAAGCACCUGCUACCCGAAUGUGGUGUCCAGCAGCAGCGCCAAUCACGCCUCGCCCAGUACAAGCCGCCCUGGCAUGGAGAAAGCAUUGUCCAUUCCGGAAGACAUCGCGAGAAUUGCUGAGAGCACCUGGGUUCACCUAUGGAACACGCAGUGCUACCCGAUUCUAGGCUCACCAAUCGUCCAAGAACACACAGAGAAGAAAGAAAACGGAAGCACCGACUACACGCUUCCGGCCUACAGCACCAGCGGCGGCAGCGGUGGUGAAAUGUCCAGUGAAAGCCACGCGGGCAUGGACCAAGCAUCAGGCAUUUCGGUGAGCGAUGCUAGGAAUGCUACUGGAACGGGAGGAAGAGAACAGCAAGUGUUCUGCGAUGUCUGCGGCAAUGUUUCCAGCAGACGGGAUGCCUUACACGGGCACGCCAACGAACACACGGACGACACAGCCUACAUUUGCGAAGCAUGUGAUCAAUCGUCUGUUAAGGGGUCUAAGUUCGUAGAACGUUGCCUGAAGCGCACAGGUGGGAACCACAAAUGCAAAACAUGUGGUAAAUUCUUCCGCCGGGCUGAUCAUCUAGCUGUACAUAGCCGCACGCAUACAGGCGAGAAACCUUACAAAUGCCAAAUAUGUGACAAAACUUUCCGGCAGUCUCAACAUCGACGUAACCAUGAACGUAGACAUGUAGAUGAGAAACCCUUCAAAUGCCAGAUAUGUCAUAAAUCGUUCCGGCUAUGUAGUGAUCUGGAUGUCCAUAAGCGCACGCAUACGGGCGAGAAAUCCUAUAAAUGCAGAACAUGUGAUAAAUCGUUCACGCACCACUCGAAUUUUUAUAGACAUCGAUGGACUCACUCGGAUAAGAAAUCACCAUGUCUGGGGAAAAUGUACUAAACGACGCAGCAGCAAACAAGCUGCACUCAACAGACGUCUCAACUCGCUAUGUGGAGACCGCGGUUUCGUUCGCGAAAUAUGUGAUCGAUCCUCCAAGUCCAACUAAGGCCUCAGUCAUCGCCGUUGAAGAAUGCACGAGGAUGAAAUGCAGUGUCAGUGUAGGCAGUUGCGGCUUUUGUUUUCCAGAGAAAGAAACACUAGACAUACAUCUGUGCCAGAAAAUUGCGCGCCACUUAUUGUGGAGAUUCAUUUGGAGACACGGCUCAACUGAUGAGACCCCUCGUGACACAUACAGGUGGGCAGUCAUAACAGUGUGAUCGGUGCGAACGUAAAUGACCCGCGACUUGUGCCUAGGAACGUGAGAGAGAAGCCAUGGAGGAAAACAACGCUGACAUUCUCCCAUAGCAGUAGUGAGAAAUUACAUAUAUGCACCGUGUGCAGAUAGCGACUUCUUACGCCACUGAACACGGCUGAGUGAAAUGCACAAUGUAAACGGCGCCAUAUGGUUUUUUGAAACUACGAGACAAGACGUCGCCACCAGAAGUGUUUGGUGUGCUUCAAUGUUCAAGCACACUGCAGAUCCUGGCCAACGCUCGCUUGCUUGCAGAAUUACGUUGUUGACCGCCGUAGCUUUAUCAAACUCAUUUCAAGACAAAGCCUAAUGGGCUGCAAGCUUCUGUUUUAUGUAACUAGACGGUUGAACUGAAAACAUGAGCUCCUUGACCCCUCGUUUAUUUAGAGCAACUAUUUCUGCAAACAUUUUGACAGUGCACUGGUAAACAAGCUUUGAUCAGUCUUCAUAGCGAUUUGUCACUAUGAAUUCAAGACAAUAUCACUCAUUAGGAAGCAUUUGAAAAAGGAGGCGCUGAGCUCUUGUCAACUAAUAAGUAAUUUCUGCCACUAAUCAAGGUCCGACGGCCCUGUUGCCUUCCAGAGAAAGUACUUGCAGAUGCUUUUACAAUAUACUGUCACGUUGUGCCCGUAAGAAAAUUUAUUUCCUUCAAAUUUUGUUGAAUAUUGACUCUUAAUGUAGUCUGGCUCUUGUAUUCAUAUAGAAAAUCUUGGUUCUGUAUGUUAAACUAGGCUGAUGACAGAAUUGUGACUAUUAAAUUCAAAUAGUUUGGUGCUUCACUAUAUGAUAUUUGCUCCCACUUCGAAGAUGUUUAGUUCUUGUUUUGUUUUGCUUGAACAUCUGUCAGUUUUAAGGGGCAGUUCUUUUAUCUACUCGGACGUCGUCUGCUUUGACUUGCCGUGCUCUAAAAUUACAGCUUUAGAAACUUUUUAGUCUGGUGUGACAAACGUAUUUGUGCGAGCAAUGACAAGUGAGGCACAGUUUUUAGUUGUAUUACUGACACGCGUGCUUAUGUGUUUUUCCUGUGAACGCGUUUCACCGGAUAACAAAUGUUUAGUUACCGCUCAGCGCAAGACUUGCCUACAUGUGCCAGAACAUUCUCGAUCCUUUUCACUAAUUCUAUCUUUUGUCUAUGGUAUAGAUAAACAUUUUUUAUUCAUAUACCAUGCGCGGCCACCAGCAAUUAAGGUCGAAUUUUCGAUGAGGUCAUUCUUAAAAUGUCAACACUUACCUCGAACAAAACUGCAUUUUAUGUCCGGCUCAGCAUGGUUUUCGCAAAGGCUCAUCCACAGUCACUCAACUAAUCGGAUCUCCAGUGGCCUAGACAACCAAAACCAAACCAACCUUCCUCAAUUUUUCAAACGCAUUUGAUUGCGUUUCACGCCAGAAACUAAUGUUAAAAUUUGAGCACAGUUUCGAGAAGGGACGAAUUGGCGAAAGCAUAUAUACUACUUCACUAACCGGACACAAUUCGUGCAGUUUAGCGAUUCGAAUUCCAAACUAACUCAGGUUACCUUUGGUGUGCCCAAAGGCAAUGUUCUAGCACCUAUACUAUAUUUGGUAUAUAUUUAUGACUAGUUCACUGACAUUCACGUCAAAAUAACUGUUCGCUGACGAUUGUAUACUGUAUAAAGGAAUUACUUCGUCAGAUGACCAUGUAAAUCUUAAGAAUGCACUGAAAUUAUAUCUGUGUGUUGUACGAAGUGGCACGUAACUCUCAAAUUAUAACAUCUGUUCUUUUGAGAUUAACACAAAAGCACCUUGUAUAGGAGUUCCCUUACACCAUAAAUGAUGACUCCAUAACAGCAGUCACAGAGCACGAGUAUGUAACGCUAACGUCUGAGUUUAGGUGAAAUUCUCGAGUUAAUCACAUUACUUCAAUGGUGCAAAGUCGACUUUUCUUUUUUAAGCGGCGCCUACGCCAAACACCACGCGAAAUUAAAUUGCUAUCUUACAAUGAACUCGUGAGAUCAACCCUAGAAUAUGCUAUCUCAGCUUGGUUUCCGUCGACUAAACAAUUAAAUUAACAUGAUAGAAAGAGUGCAAAGAAAAGCAAUUAGAUUCUUCUUCAACAAAUGUGGACUUACAUAGUCUCCGAGUGUUCUACUAAAGAAUGCCGGAAUACUCAAAAUAGAAAAUGAAACCACACUCGCACGGUUAACAUUACUGCACCAGUUAAUUCGUAAGGUAAAUGUUUAUUGUUCCAAGUGCAUUACCAUAGCAAACACCCUAAUAACACUGCUUAAAAAUUCGUACACCAUACAAUAAUAUUGUUUUCAAUCUGACUAUUUUAUAUACUCUUUUUUUUUCUCUAGCCAUAAGGCAGUGGAAUGGUUUACCUCCCUUUUUCACAAAUAGUUCUUGCUUACGUAUUUUUCGUCACUUGAAAGCAACUUACUGGGUUCUCAGCUAUGAUGAUACUAUGAUGAUGCUAUGAUUUGAUGAUACUGCGCUCAAUUGCUAGCCUUGUUUCCAACGCUUUUGUAGAUACCGCUAGAAUGGAUCGGUAUAAAUAUAUAACCCUUUAUAUUUCGCACUUUAUAGAUGCUAAUUAUUAUACGUUUGUUAUGCAGAUUAUAUAUUCCUAUCUUGUAUUUUCUUAUAUUUUUACGAUGACUUUACGAUGUUUAUUGUUAGACCUUGCUCCCCUACUGCAAUAAGCCCUUAUGGGAUUGGCAGAAUGUUCUAAAAAAAUAAAGCAUGACGUCAUAAUCAGUCCGCCGCUCGUUAGCCGCAAAUCACUUUUUGGACGAUCGACGCAUGUGUUCGGCACAAUUUUUCUGCCCGAGUGUAGCGUGUCUCCUGGUUCACGUCCGCCCAAUAAUAAAGAAUGUGAUGUUCAACUUUUC